CGCAUUCGAGUGUCACGCUGCGUGCGAAGCGGAUCGCUCUGCGGUUACGGUCGUGCGCGAGUGUUACUGAGUAACUAAUAAAAGUAACAGAUUUAAUAUUGGUCUAAAUAACCGGUGAUGUCGAAGGACAGCUCCAGGUUAAGCAGGCUAGGAGUCUUGGCUCCAGCUGCAUUGUCUGCAUGCAUGGAUGCAUCGGUCUUGGCUGUACCGGCCGCCGGGGCGAUUGUCUCUACAGUACUGAAAGAGCUAAGCAAGGCUUUUAUGCUGAAAAAAUGGUUCCACGGCAUCAUGUCGGCGAAGGAGGCUGAACACUUGAUGAUGGAGAAGGGCAAAAAUGGCUCGUUCCUGGUGCGAGAGUCCCAGUCGCGGCCUGGGGAGUUCGUGCUAUCGGUGCGGGUUCGUGGCCGGGUUAGCCAUGUCAUGAUCAGGCGUCAGCACAACAAGUACGACGUAGGCAGCGGAGAGCAAUUCGACGAUCUGGUGGGACUGAUAGAGCACUUUCGCUCCUACCCCAUGGUGGAGACUUCAGGCGACGUGUUGCGCCUGCUGCAACCGCUCAGUGGUACCCGCCUGCGAGCAAGGAACAUCAACAGAAAAGUCCAGGAUUUGCAGGAUAUGGAAGAUAAAUUGGAAACAAAAACCGGCUUCUACAGCGAGUUCCAGUCCUUGAAGAUGUUAGAAGAUAGACUUGUCUUAUCCACUGACGAGGGAAUGAAGCCUGUGAAUUCAACCAAAAAUCGCUACAGAAACAUCCUACCAUGUGAGUAG